ACGUUGGCAUCUGAGCACAAGGAUGAGGAUGUUGUAGUAGAUCCGUUGUUUCCUUCAGCACCAUGAACAUCAACCUGCUGUCAUCUUACCACAAAAAACCUGCCCACAUAACAGAAGGGGGAGGGCGGGCUUACAUGUAGAUACUUAAAGGACACAGCUUACAUAGAAGGCCCCCACAGUUGAGUUUUUGUCCCAGUAGUACACAUAAUGGCUUCUUGUUCUUCUUCUUCUUCUUCUUCUUCUUCUUCUUCUUCUUCUUCUUCUUCUUCCUCGUCAUGCAUUGUCGGAGGCCAGGAGAGCGUAAAAAGGUAUAUGCUGGAAAACUUUCAGUAUACGAUUCCCGAUCACUACGUAACUCUAACACCCGACAUAAUAAUGUACACGUGGGCCAGCGUGUUUGGACGUCCUCUGCCAGCGGGCAGAGCGGGAGAGAAACAUAACUAUGUUUCUAAAAUAACGCACCAAUCCAAGACGAUGCUCGACUACGUGCACGUGUUGUUCUACUCCCGAUGGCGCAUGACCAACGAGCGUGAAAUGCUCCGGCAGGUCCGAGGAGAAAAUCUGGUCGCCGUAUGCCUGGAAGACCUACCUGAACUUUAUCCUCCGGAGACGUACGAGCGGAUACCUGCCGAAUACAACGAGGUAUACUUCAUGGACUACCUGAGGCAAAUGGCUAUGUACGAGGCUGCCCGAUUCAAAGAGGUCGUGAGAGGCAUGUGUACCCCCGAGCGUGCUUCGGUUCUGACCGGCAACGCUCUGAUGUACGUGGACAUGGACAUUACGUUUUACAGGCCGCCCAAGGAGUGGAUCUCCCCCGAAGGCUUGCUGACGUUUGUUCUCGUCCAGGACACCGAAGUAAAGAGGCUGUGUAAGCUCAGCAACGGAAUCGUGGAUUCUUUGGGACGUGAGAUGCUGGAACAGGCUACCGAAUAUAUGAUGGGCGAGAACUGUAUGGUCGUGGUCGGUUACAAAUACGGGAAGAGGUUUAAGCGUUACGUUCCGCGUCCCAUGUUGCAGUACGACCUCCUAAGGGAGGGUAGGCAGAGUACCGUGGAAAACUUGAUUAUGUGCUUUUACCAACAGGCCCGUUGCCUCUUUCAUAGCAAUCACGCGACCCACCUGUGGUGGGCGGGUGAUAGGUUGAAGUGA